AUGACUCAAACGGUCGCUAUCAUCACCAGCAUUACUUGUAUCACUGGUAUCGGCAAUCUGCUUGCUGGGCUGCUCACUGUGUGCAUUCCACUCUGGCCAACCGCAGCAUUUGCACUCGCCUGUGGCUGUGUGCUGCUUCCUUGCGGCGCUGCAGCUGAUGUGUUGGGGUGUCGGCGCGCGUGUCUGCUUGGUGGAUUGCUACAGACCGCGAGCGCCCUGGGCGCUGGACUAACGGCGACAGGAACGCAACUGAUCGCGCUUGCUGUCGGCGUUUCGGCUCACCGUGGAUGGUGGUCCGCUGGGGAAGGCAUCCUCGCGCGUCUGCACCGAGAUAUCGAUUGGGUUGGCACUUUGCUGAUUAGUGCUUGCCUUGCGCUUCUCUCCUACGAACUAGCCGUCGCUACCGGCUCAGAUGCGGAUCAGAGUAUGCGUCGGCCGCUCAACCUUGUCCUCCAUUGCUCGGCACUGGCACUCAUACUUGUAUUUGCCUUGUGGAUGCGGCGACAAGUUCGACUCAGUCGCCCGGCACUGAUUCCAAACUCGCUUUGGACCAACGUGCCGUUUAUGGCUCUUUGCAUUACCGUGUUUCUUGUCUGGGGCACCCUCAAUGCGAGUGAGCAGCUCACAGCCUUGUACCUCCAAGACGUUCGCGGCACAUCGACUUUGACGGCGUCUUUGUAUUUCAUGCCGGCACCGGUGUGUGGCCUUUUGAAGCCCUCGAUCGCUGUGCCCGCCGGAUAUCUUGCGAGUGGUAUCGCCCCGCUCCUGCUCGCAAUCUUAUGCGGCGUCGACGGGCUAGGGUAUUGGCGUGGUGUCUUCCAAGCCAUGGCUCUGAAUCCGGUGGGAGCCGAUCUAAUUUAUACGAUCGCAAACCUUGUAAUGACAGACUCAUUCCCAGUCAAGACGCAGGAGCUGGCCGGUGUCUUCUUUAACAUGCUAGCUCAGGUUGGGAAGGGUGUUGGGAUAGCCACAUCGACACUCAUUGCACCUGUGAGCUUUUGGGGACUGAGGAGCGUCGAGCGGCUUGAAAUAAAGAGAGACUGA